UGCUGUAGGCUGGGGGGAGACUGUAAGAGCCGUCUGUCUGUUCGAGCAGAUAAUAAAACGAUAUUCGAGAGAGAAUAAGGACGAGAAGUGAUUAGACGCUCACAAAACAACACAUUACAAGAACAGAAAACAAUUGUAUCUGAUCUGGUACAGAAACAUCGUGACACAGACUAGAGACGUUCAGAACUGAGACCCAGAGAUCAACUUAACAAUUUUCCUUUUAUUUAAACUGAACGACAGACACAUGGAGACUUCUGCUGAAGCGCGUGCUGACCAAAGGCAGCAGGCUGUGGAGAGAUUCAAAUCUUUCCUGCUGAAAAACAGACCAGAAACAACCUUCAACCUCUAUGACCAUCUGUUUCACGUGCUCACCAAAGUGAUGGACGAGCGUCCAGAGAACGCCGUGGAUGUGAUUGAAGAUCUGAGCCACAAGGUAAAGCGCAGCACGGUGCUGGAUAAGCAGAACAUGCUGAGGGAUACUCCGUCCACAACCUCCUCUGAGCUGCUGGCUGAGAAACAGAGUGCGCUGUUUAAACAAGAGGACGAGGGAGAACCCAACGAGAUGGAGGGACCCUUGCCUGAUGUCACUGAGAUGGCAUUCUUCAUGGAGCAGAUUGGGGUUGGUCUGGGUUGGGUGGAGAUGCAGAGGAUUCUUCUGGCCCUGAAGCAGCUGGUGGAUGUGCAGCCCCUGCAUAGCUGCCGAUUCUGGGGCAAAAUCCUUGGUAUCGAAGGGAACUACCUGGUGGCUGAAACAUACUACAUGGGCGAUGAGGAAGAAGAGGAAGUGGAGGAAACACAUGAGGAUAAGGGAGAGGCUGGAAAAGAGGAUGAGGUAAUCAAAGUCCCCAAAUCAAGCUACAAGCCACCCACCCCAGUCCCUAAGGAGCCUCGUCACUCCGGCACCAACAAGUUCACCUACUUUGUGUGCCGAGAGCCUGGCCUGCCCUGGGUCCGUCUUCCUGACGUCACCCCUGCUCAGAUCAUAGUCGCGCGACAAAUUCGCAAGCUCUUCACCGGGCGCCUGGACGCUCCCAUCGUGUGCUACCCACCCUUCCCCGGCAACGAGGCCAACUACCUGCGUGCCCAGAUCGCGCGCAUCUCAGCGGAGACCCAGGUCAGUCCACUGGGGUUCUAUUUGUUACGGGAAGAGGAGGCUGAAGACGAGGAGAAUGCAGCGCGAGACAGCAUCGAGGAGAACCCUGACUUUGAAGGUGUCAACGUGCAGGAGAUGGUAGAGUCACUGUCGACAUGGGUCCACCACAUUCCGCACAUUCUCAAUCAGGGUCGUUGUGUGUGGGCCAAUCUGGCUGAAAAAACAGAGAAUCUUCUUGAAGAAGAUGCAGAGGAAGAGGAGAAGGAGGAAGAUCCCGACGAGCCUGAGCGUGAGGUUGGACCACCGCUUCUCACACCACUGUCUGCGGACAUAGAGGUAAAUAACACCCCUGCUUGGAGUACCGGGAUCUCCUCAGACCUAAUCUCCCAGUAUGCCAUUGCUUUUGUGCGCUCCAACGUGUGGCCUGGUGCCUAUGCAUACGCGUGUGGCAACAAGAAGUUUGAGAACAUAUACAUCGGCUGGGGUCUGCAGUUCUUGGGCGAGGACUUUACCCCGGCCCUCCCCCCUCCCCCAGAGUCUGAGUACCCCAAUGGGCCUGAGAUCACAGAGGAACUGGACCCCAGUGUCCAGGAGGAGGAGGCUCUGAAGGAAGCACAAGAAGCGAAACUUGAAAACAAUGACGCCGAGGAAGAGGAGGAAGAGGACUGAAGUAUUUUAACAGUUAAAGGGCCAGUACACCGUUGAAAGCAUCUCGAAUUUUAACAUAUGUGACUAUAAUAAAGUGUUA